GUUGAGCUAAUCUAGCAUUCCUGCUCCUGUGUUUGCACCAUGCUGAUCUCAUUGCUGCCUCAUUCCUUCUCCUCCUGGUGAAACAGCAGUGACUCACCUGCUGGGAGGUCAGUAAUUCUGUCACACACGUUGUGGCCGAGAAUAAUUCUUGCGCUGAAAUCUUGAAAUGGCUACAGAUGCACAACAUGGAGGACUGUUCAAGAUUCAGGCUCCUGGACAUCUCAUGGCUGACAGCCUCCAUGGAGGUGGGAAGGCCAGUGGAUCCAGAGAAAUAUCACCUUGUAGGGGGAAAGCAUCCUGCCGCUUCAUCCUCACAGCCAGUGGAUGCUUCAGCUCUUGGUACAGCUAUUGUCUCCCAAUAUGCCUGUCAACGGAGGACAACUUUAAAUAAUUAUAACACAAAAUUCACGGAUGCCUUUGAAGUACUGGCUGAAAACUAUGAGUUGAGAGGAAAUGACGGACCGUGUCUUGCAUUUAGGAGAGCUGCUUCUGUGCUGAAGUUUCUUCCAUUUACUAUAGUUAGAGUAAAUGACACUGAAGGAUUACCUUGGAUGAGAGACCAAGUCAAAACUAUCAUAGAGGAUAUAAUAGAAGAUGGGGAGAGUUCUCGAGUGACUGCUGUGUUAAACAAUGAAAACUAUAGAUCCAUUAAACUCUUUACUUCUGUUUUUGGUGUGGGACUGAAGACAUCUGAAAAGUGGUACAGGAUGGGUUUACGGACUCUGGAAGAAGUGAAAAGCAACAAGGACCUAAAACUGACAAGAAUGCAAAGAGCAGGAUUACUACACUAUGAAGACCUUCUUAGCUAUGUAUCUAAGGAAGAAGCAGACUCAGCAAGCCUGUUUGUUAAGGAAUCUGUGCAGAAAUUUUCCCCCAGCGCUUUAGUAACUUUGACGGGUGGUUUUAGAAGGGGCAAGACGACUGGACAUGAUGUAGACUUUUUGAUUACAGUUCCAGGAUCAAGGCAGGAAGAAGAAGUAUUACACCUAGUGAUUGACUUUUGGAAAAAGCAGGGAUUGCUUUUAUACUAUGAUCUUAUUGAAUCCACAUUUGAAAAGACAAAGCUGCCAAGCAGAAAAGUUGAUGCUUUCGAUCAUUUUCAGAAAUGCUUUAUAAUUUUAAAAUUACACAAGGGAAAAGUGGAUCAUGGCAGUUCCAUUAUAUCAGUUGCUUCUGCUGAGGAAGAAAAAAAAGACUGGAAAGCAAUUCGUGUGGAUCUGGUUGUAAGCCCUUUUGAACAGUAUGCAUUUGCUCUGUUAGGUUGGUCUGGAUCCAGGCAAUUUGAACGUGACCUUCGGCGAUAUGCUACCCAUGAAAAGAAAAUGGUGUUGGAUAAUCAUGCUUUAUAUGAUAAAACUAAGAAACUUUUUCUGAAUGCUGCAAGCGAAGAAGAAAUUUUUGCACACCUUGGUUUGGAUUACAUUGAACCAUGGGAGAGAAAUGCAUAGAGAGACUUGCUAAUAUGUUUUUAUGAACUCACCGCUUUAAAAAAUCUCCCUUAUUGUAGUGGUACAUUUAUCCGAAAAGGCUAUCUUUAUUAUUUAGGAAGUUAAAUAUACAUAGUCACUCCAGGUGUAGGUUUCCUCUGAAUAGUCAAAAGAAAAAGGAUUAAUUUAGUUCAUUUGUGCCUAAGUGGUCAUAUUUGGAAAUCAAGAUUUUUAAAAACAUUUCUGUUGCCCUAGUUUUCAUGCUACUGGGGCAACAUUAAAACCAACACUUAAGUAAAUAUGUGCAGGUAAUACUGACAGAACUGAAUCUGGCAGAUGAUACACAGAUUAAGCUAAACUCAAUAUAUAUAUAUAUGCACCUUAGAGUUGUUCAGGUGAUUAUGAAGACAGAUUUAUCAGAAUAUAUAAUGAUUUGGGGGUCUGAUCAUGUGUGCCCUACAAUAUUCAAAGGCUGAACAAAUUAAUUCAUUUUUCAAAGUAAGAAUUAUUCACAGUGACUAACUCUCACAGUGUUAUGAGCAGGACCAAAUGUUGCCUAAAUAAAACUAAUGAAAAUGCUGGGAAUGCCUUGGAGCAUUCUGGGAUCCUUUGUCUGCUUUAAGAUAAAGAAACCGAAAGUGGACUUAGAACUAGAGCUAUGCAUACAAUUUCUGAUAAUUAUAAGGCCCAAAUUGGGGUGCUGAUUCCAUGCAUAAUCAAAGUCCACAGUGCUUUGCCACAGUCCCUUGCCCUCUGUCAGCACCUACUGUUACAGCCACCAUUGCCAUUUUCAUUUACUUCAAUCUAUACUCAAUGUAGCAAGCAUUACUGGGCAGGACAAAUCUUGAAACACCAAACAGCAAUCUUCCUCUUUCACGGCAUGCAUCUGAUCCAAACCCAACCAAAUACCUGCUCCGUUAUACAGACCAACAGAAGGUUGUGGUAUACUGCUACAUUUAAGAUUUACAAUUAUAUCUGU